AUGGCAGCAAAACUCCUGCAAUCUUUAGCUGAUGACAACCCAGAUCUGCAGAAACAGAUAGGAUGCAUGACUGGGAUUUUCCAACUCUUUGAUCGUCAGCAUGUUCUCACGGCUCGCCGCAUUGGCCAAAGGAGGCUUCCUUCUGGUAAUUCGCACUUCAGUGAUGGAAACAUGGAAGGAGAUUCAAAUAACAUACAUCAUCGCCAAACAGCAACUGAUACUAGCUUAAACAAGUGUGUGAAUGAAAGACAAAGAAUUUCGACAGAAUCAUCAAGAGCUUCAUUCUCUUCUUGUUCAUCAUCUGCGUCGUCUUUGGACUGCAAGGCUGAAGCAGAGGCUGCGUUUGACCGGAUUCUUUUUCCUGAAACUCCUUCAAGGGAUGCAGUUACGAACCAACCUACCAUUUCUCCCCAUUUUGGAUGUAACUCCCUUGACCUGAGGGAUGUGGUGAAAGAUUCUAUGUAUAGGGAAGCCAGAGGACUGUCAGUGAAGACUACAGGCAAUGAAGAAUCUGCCAUUAAUGCUAUGAAGCGCAGGGAUUCCCCACGUCCUAUGCAGUUGCCCAAAUAUGUUGAUGGAACUUACAGAGUUGGAAUAGAUGGCAAACAAAGUGUGCCUAUUGAUCUAAAGGAGUCUAUCCGAGUCCUUGCUAAACUUAGAGAAGCGCCUUGGUAUUAUGCAGAAACUAAAGAACUUCCAAGUUCAUUGCAUGAAGUAAAAGAUGGACCCUGGCAUUCCAUCUCAAAGGAUACUUCUUGGUUUGCUUAUGAAGGAAAAGAAAUAAGCCGUUUAUCUUUUGAAUCACGAGAAACCAUCAAAUCCACACCGAAGCUGAAAGAGCUUCCUAGACUUUCACUGGAUAGUAAGGAAGGUUCAUUACGCCCUUUUAGUUCAGACUCAAAAGGCAGUCACCCCUCAAGAAACAUUUACAGUGGCACAUCCACAUCAAAUGACAAAUUCCCUUCCCUACAACAGCCUUCAACCACCCCCAGUCGUCCGCCUGGUGUUGUGGCAAAAUUAAUGGGCUUGGAAGCGUUGCCGGAUUCCUCUUUCGCUGGUGACACUCAACCAAGUUCAACUGAAACUUACUCAGCACAAGAUAAUGGUCAGUUUCCAAGAUCCUCAAAAACUGGAGUCACCAGGCCACUCCGAGUUUCUCAUUCUCCAAAAAUCUCUUUGAAAGACCCAGCUUCUCCACGGAGAAAGAAUCCUGAUCUAGUUAUGAAACCCAUCUCAAGUUCAAGGUUUCCCAUUGAACCAGCACCGUGGAAGCAGCAAGAUGGAAAUCGAAGCUCCCAGAAACCGAAUUUAAGGGUUGUAAAAGCUCCAGCAAGAGCACCAGAUUCCUUUCCUUCAGUUUAUAGUGAGAUAGAGAAGAGAUUGAAGGAUCUUGAAUUCAAACAAUCUGGAAGAGAUCUCAGAGCAUUAAAACAGAUACUUGAAGCAAUGCAAGAAAAGGGACUACUAGAGAGCAGAAAAGAAGAACAAGCUCCAAAUGUUGUUGGAAGUCAAAGUGACUAUGAACCAAAAGGUAUCAAUCUAAAUCAGAAUACUAGGUCAGGAAGGCAACAAAACACUCAGAGAAACAAUUUUCUAUCCUCCACACUAAAGGGAUCUGAAUCAGCAAGGGUUUUUGAAUCCCCAAUAGUGAUAAUGAAACCAGCAAAACUUGUUGAGAAAACUGUGAUUCCUGCUUCUUCAGUCAUUCCUAUUGGUGGUAUUUCUGGUUCCCAGAAAUACCAGAAUGGUGGUGUACAUGUAGAUAAUAAAACCAGUACAUCUGCAACUCGACUAGCAAAAGAUCAGUCUCCCAGAAACAUUCAUCGGGAUGCUUCUGCCAGUUCUAUUGAUAGGAAAGCAAAUAGUAGUAAGAAUACAAGAUCUGUACAAUCUCAAUCUCGGUCUCAACAACAUCCAAAAGAAAAUAGCCAAAGUUCAGCGAAGCACUCUGGAACUGUGAGCCCGAGAUUACAACAGAAGAAGUUGGAGUUAGAGAAGCGAUCUCGUCCACCUGCUCCUCCAUCGGAUUCAAACAAACCCAGAAGGCAAUCUGGUAAGAAGGCAACAGAAUCGGGUUUGCCAGGUGGAAAACAAAGACCCAAAACCCUCAACUUGCAGCACAGUGAUGAGAAACUGAGUGAGAUAAGCAAUGAAUCAAGAACUUUAAGUUGCCAGGGGGAUGAAAUUUCUUUGCAAUCAGAUAGUUUAACUUUCAACUCAAAGACGGAUGUGGAAGUCACAAGUAGUUUACAAUCUGUUGAAAUUGAUGACAACCAAAGCCCAUCUUCGAAAGCUGUGAAGCAAUUGAUUUCAGACAUAGUGCAGAAGAAAACAACCCCAAGGUUGGAUGAGGACGAGAUAGUUGCAGAACUUGCAACAAAGGCCCCAGAACAUCCAAGUCCUAUCUCUGUUCUUGAUGGAUCUGCGUACAGAGAUGAUGUGCCAUCCCCUGUAAAGCAGAUAUCUGGAGUUUUAAAAGGUGAUGAUGCUCAAGAAUCCAAAGAAAACGAGUUUAAAGAUCAGUGGAACCCAGCAGAAAGCCUUUCAUAUCACAGCAUGGGAUCAGGAGAGAUCAAUCGCAAGAAAUUACAGAACAUAGAUCACCUUGUUCAGAAGCUUCGACGGCUGAACUCCAGUCAUGAUGAAGCUAGAAUUGACUACAUUGCUUCCCUAUGUGAAAACACAAAUCCAGACCACAGAUACAUCUCUGAAAUAUUAUUAGCUUCAGGUCUCUUACUCAGAGAUUUGAGUUCCGAGUUGUUGACAUUUCAACUUCACUCAUCGGGCAAUCCCAUUAAUCCUGAGUUAUUCCUCGUCUUGGAACAGACCAAGGCAAGUAGCUUGCUUUCAAAAGAAGAAAGCAGCCCCGAAAAAGAUGCUAAUAUGAAGCUGAACAAAGAGAAAUUUCACCGGAAAUUCAUCUUUGAUUCUGUGAAUGAGAUUCUUGGUGCCAAAUUAGGCUCCUCCCCAGAGCCAUGGUAUCUACCUAACAGUAACAGACUCACUAAGAAAACCUUGAGUGCUCAAAAGCUCCUUAAGGAACUAUGCUUUGAGAUUGAAAAAAUUCAAGCCAAGAAGCCAGAAUGGUGCUUGGAAGAUGAAGAUGAUGAUCUGAAAAGUAUGCUGUGUGAAGAUGUUAUGCAUGGCUCAGAAAGCUGGACAGAUUUUCAUGGCUAUUUACCUGGGGUUGUGUUGGAUGUUGAGAGACUUAUAUUCAAGGACUUGGUAGAUGAGGUUGUGAUUGGUGAAUCAGCUGGUUUGCGAGUCAAGCCAUCAGUUAGACGCAGGAAGCUAUUUGGAAAGUAG